AUGGCUUCAAAGCGAGGAUCGCAUCGGCAUAAGAAUGGACACAGAUCUAACUUUGUUGAUACUGAUCAAGACUUCUCGGCUAACAGCAUGGACAACGGUGAAUUGAACUCCUGGCUCUCCGAACGACUUCCCCAUUCAAAGUACCCAAGCAGGUCAAAUAUCAACACAAACCCAAACAUGAACAUGAACAGUGACAUUGAAGUCACCUUGUCCAAGGACAUCCGAAACUACUUCAAGAUGAAUGAAGACAGCAGUCGGUCGUCGAAGGAUAGCUGGCUUUCUUUACCCGAAAUCCCUACAUUCGAAGAGUUGUCGAUUGAUGAGACAGCUGUUCCUGCAAACAAGAUUGACGGACCUUACAAGACCAAGGAAAGAUACCUGAAGACACAAUACGCAUUGCUACGUGAAGAUGCCCUUGGUUGUCUUCGGGAUGCGUUGUUAGACUUCCAGAAAGAUCCAUCAAUGAUGGACACCCAGAAAUUUUCAAUUUACGACCAAGUCCACAUUUCUGGCUUUACAUUCUCCCGAAAAGGACUCGCAGCGCGAAUCAAAUUCUCUACGAAUAGGGCAGGCAGUAAAAUCUCGUGGUCAACGACGAAAAGACUGACCUCAGGCUCUCUUGUUGCUCUAGUUAGGGCAAAAGACUGUGAGACAAUGACGGACCUUAGUGGAGUGCUGACGGCAAUUGUGGCAGCACGACCUCUUGCGGGGGUCUUGAACCAGCCGCCUGAAAUCGACAUCUACUUCGCUCGUCCAGAAGAUGUCCAUCUCGAUCCACAGGAAGAGUGGCUGAUGAUCGAGGCCAAGCAAGGCUACUUUGAAGCAUACCGGCAUACACUGCAGGCUUUGAAGAAGCUUCAUAAAGAAAAAUUCCCCUUGUCGGAGAACAUCUGCCGCUUAGAUGCCGAGAAUGGACUCCCUGAAUACAUUCAGAGACAACCUAUUCUCAAUCUUGGCGCAGUUGCGAAGAACGAUCAGAAGGACUCCUACUCCAGGGUUGAUGUCAGUGACCCGAUAAAGUGGCCACCCGCACCCAACACACUCGAUGAAUCUCAAUGGCUGGCAUUUCGAGAGAUUCUUACUCAAAAGCUUGCCAUCAUUCAAGGGCCUCCGGGUACCGGCAAAACCCACAUUUCGACUGUCGCCAUUCAAACCCUGCUAGAAAAUUCCAGCUCUCAGGAUCCCCCCAUCAUUAUUGCAGCUCAGACGAACCACGCGCUGGACCAAUUACUUAUCCAUAUUGCGCAAUUCUGCCCUGACUACAUUAGACUUGGUGGAAGAAGCACCAACUCGGAGGUUAAGAAACGUGCACUGUUUGAGAUCCGACGCGGGGAAGUGAUCAAGGUUGUGCCAGGUGGUAUCAUGGGAAAAUCAAACAGUCAGCACGAGAAGCAGACAAAAAUCUUACUUGGCAUUCUUCAACCUCUGGCAUCCAGACCUGGGAGUGAUCCUUUUUGCACCGCAGAUCAGACGAGCCCUCAGGUUCUCAGGGAGCUCGGUGUCUUGAAUGAUUUGCAGACCAAGUCUCUCGAGGAUGGCGUCACAAACUGGGUUUCGGCAGACCAUACUGUCAAUCAGCCCUUGCAACUCUGGCUUGAUACAUCACUAGUCCCAUUCGAAUUCAGAUACCGCGAUGACAAUUUUGGUUUCCCCGAAAUCGAGGACGAGGAUUUGGAGUUUGAGCAAUUGAGAGAGGGCCAAGAGGACUCUGCGGGAGUAAACGACAUGGAAGACAUUGAAAUGCUAAGAGGCGCUUGGCAAGAAAUACACGAUACACACACAGUCAAGCCAGCAAUCUCAAACGACCUCAGAAAAGCAGAGGAACUGUUGGCCACUGAAAAUGACUUGUGGAGAAUCCCUCGACAUCUUCGUGGACCAAUGUACCAGAUCAUUCGAUCAAGGGCACUCGGUGUCAUUGCAGCCAGAUUCCGAGAGGCAAUGCAACGUUACAACGAGCUUGUUAAGGACAUCUUGAUUGGUAAAUGGGAGAUGGACUACGUCUUUCUCAAACGCACACGAAUCAUUGGCAUGACGACGACCGGUUUAAGCAAAUACAGAGCACUUAUUGCUGCUCUCAAACCCCGGACUAUCUUGAUUGAGGAGGCUGCAGAGGUUCUGGAAGCUCCAGUCACAGUCGCGUGCGUUGAGUCACUUGAGCAUCUCAUCCUGGUAGGUGAUCACCAGCAACUCCGAGGCCACUGUGCUGUGUCCGAAUUGGAGAAUGAGCCUUUCUUUCUGAAUGUGUCAUUGUUCGAGAGACUUGUGCGGAACAACAUGCCGUACAAAACCCUCCUGUGCCAGCGGCGAAUGGAUCCCGAAUUCAGAAGAUUGCUAUCCAGCAUCUAUCCAGCCCUCACAGAUCAUCCUUCCGUACUGAGUCGCUCUGUGAGUUCAACAUCAUGGGGGAUGGGGACUGUCAAGUCUUUCUUCUUCAAUCAUCAAUGGUCUGAAUACAAAGAUGCAUCAUUAUCGACAUACAACGAAGAAGAGGCAAAAUUUAUUGCAGGCUUUUACCGGUAUUUACAGAAGAACGGCAUUGUUCCCGCGAGAAUCACUAUCCUGACCUUCUACAACGGCCAACGCAAGCGCAUUCUCCGAGAGAUCAAGAACCUGUCUGACGUCACCGGAACCUACCACAAUGUCAAAACAGUUGACUCGUAUCAAGGUGAGGAAAAUGACAUUGUCAUCCUCUCAAUGGUUCGAAGUAACCCUGAGGGAAGUAUUGGUUUUCUCGCUAACGACAAUCGUGUGACGGUGGCAUUGUCACGUGCGAAGUUUGGGUUCUACCUUUUUGGCAAUGCCACAGUCCUCUGUAGAGGAAGCAAAAGUGGACUCUGGACGAACGUGGCCAACAUGAUGAGUGCCAGUCCAGUACGAUUGCUUGAACAACUCCCACUCUUCUGUCAAAAGCAUAAGCGAACUACCAAUGUCGCGUACCCAGAACAUUUCGAAGAAUUGGAAGGGGGUUGUCUACAAGAUUGCGGUGAGACGCUACAGUGUGGUCAUAUCUGUCCGCUUCGCUGCCAUCCUUAUUCGCAUGAUGAUAUAAUGUGCUCUGAGCCAUGUCAGGUUGUUCUUGGCUGUGGCCAUGGCUGCGAAAAAGCCUGCUGCGAGGAAUGCAACUGUCCCUGCGAUGCAUUUGCAGAAAUUAAGCGUGCUGCACUAGUGAAAUCCAUGGAGGAAAUGAAGGUUCAGUGGCAGGGUUACCGCAAAGACAACCAUGGUUGGAUUCCCCCAGCCAAUGAGAGAAGUUCUUACUUACAGGUGCAACAGCAGGGACGCAGAGGCUGGAGUGAAUUUGCUAAUGGUGGAGUCCUGGCUGACGAUCAGCGUCGUAUUGACUCAACGCCUCUGUCCCUCCCUCAACAUACGAAAAUGGUUCAAACUUCACCACUGCUGGAGCAGACCGAAGGAGGACGAACUCGAUUCACACACAAUUACCGCCCUGAGCUUGUGGAACCCACUGUUGCAGCUGAGCAGCAUGAAGUCAAACAGUUGCAGGCCUCAUCAAGUCAAAAGGCAGCCACGAAAUUGGACUCUGAAGACGUAACGACGCUUGAUGAUGCGCAUGGGAAGCAGUCUGCGAGAUCGCGUUACCUGGACGAUUUGGCGGAACUCGAUGGUGGGUUGAAGAGUGCCAACAAGAUUGAGGCAGUACGACACAGCGUGGAGAAAACCCAAGAUCCACCCAAGAGAAGAUCAUCAGUCAAAUCACAUUUGGAUUAUUUGGCAGAGCUCGAUGAGGGUCUGAAGAAUAGUAUGGUCCUGCAGACUGCUUUUGCGAGGAUGCAAGCUCCAGACCGGAGGAGGGCAUCGGGGAGGUCACAUUUGGAGGAUUUGGCGGAGCUUGAUGAGACUAUGAGGAAUGUCGCUAAUGGCGCGGCCAUGCAGAAUGGUCUCGACAUGAUGACGACUCCAUCGGAUGGGACAACUCGUGCGAGACCGAUGAAUAUGGAUGAGUUGCUCGAUCGGUACUACCACAAACCUCGAUCUUGA